UGGAUCUCUAUCCCUUUCUUUGCUGUGUAUUUUUCUGUAAUUCUUGGCAAUGGCACCCUCCUUUUCCUCAUCAGAUAUGACCAAAGCCUCCAUGAGCCCAUGUACUACUUCCUGGCUAUGUUGUCACUCACAGACCUUGGAGUGACUUUGACCACCAUGCCUACAGUACUGGGGGUUUUGUGGUUAGACUAUAGAAAAAUUCACCAUGGUGCUUGCUUUUUACAGGCCUAUGUCAUUCACACACUCUCCAUGGUGGUGUCAGGCAUCUUACUAGCUAUGGCCUAUGACCGAUUCAUUGCCAUUCGCAAUCCUUUGAGAUACACCACCAUUCUUACAAACUCUCGGGUGGUGCAGAUUGGGGUGCGGGUAUUGCUAAGGGGGUGUGUGUCCAUCAUUCCCCCAAUAGUUCCUCUUCACUGGUUCCCUUAUUGCCGUUCUCAUGUCCUUUCCCAUGCUGUCUGCCUCCACCAGGAUGUCAUCAAACUGGCCUGUGCAGACAUCACAUUUAAUCGUAUCUACCCUGUCAUUCUGGUUUUCUUGGCAUUCCUUGACUCUCUGAUGGUCCUCUUCUCCUAUGUACUGAUCCUAAAGAUGGUCCUAGGCAUAGCCUCUGGAGAGGAGCGAGCCAAAGCACUCAAUACUUGCGUCUCCCACAUCUCCUGUCUAAAUAUCUAA